UCACGUUUCACGUCGGGUAAUUCCCGUUUGCGUUGUUUUUUUGUUGUGUUCAAAUUUAGCACCUAAAAUUUUGCUAAUCUGAAAAAUCGAGCAUGCCGAAAGUACGCCGAAGCAAAAAAUCGCCACCCUCUGGAUGGGAACUCAUCGAACCAACCCUAGAUGAGUUGGAACGAAAAAUGAGAGAGGCUGAAAUUGAGUCGCAUGAAGGCAAGCGAAAAAAUGAACCACUGUGGUCAAUUUUUAAAAUUGCCCACCAGAAAUCCAAAUAUGUUUUCGAUCUGUUUUUCAGACGGAAAACGAUCAGUCGAGAGCUGUAUGAUUACUGCCACACUGAAAAGAUUGCGGAUAAAAAUUUGAUAGCAAAAUUUAAGAGAAAAGGCUAUGAAAACUUAUGCUGCUUAUCCUGUAUUCAGUCCAGGGAUACGAAUUUUGGGACGACCUGUAUUUGUAGGGUGCCUAAGGACAAAUUAGAAGAGGGUCGAAUAGUGGAGUGCGUUCACUGUGGAUGCAGGGGAUGUUCGGGAUAA